AUGCCGAAUUGCGAGGAAUGUGCCGCAAAGUUGUGGAGCGGAAACAACAGAACGCUUUGGUUUUUGGUUUGGCUAGAGCUCUUGAUUCUUCCACGAUGCUGCAGCCGCGGUCAUGAGUGGAAGUUUUCAAACGGAAACGACAAUGAAGAUGGUUCCUACUGCCAUCUGCACUGCACAGCCCGGUUGCAGGAAGUGUUUCCUGCCAGCGAGGAGGACGACGAGAAAGUACUCACAGAGACUGGUCUUGCUGAGAAAACAUGGGCCAAGAUCCGCAACAAGAUCCGAGAUCUGCUUUGGCUUGUUAUUCAACAGCAGUUCAAUCGUGUGCAACUUGGUGGUCCUGGCCGUGUGGUCGUCAUCGAUGAAACCUUUUUCACCAGGAAGAUAACGAAUGCAGGAGGCUUUGUUGGAAGGAGCACCAUGGGUAACAAGACCAUUGUUAUGGGCUUUUUGGAGUUGGACUUGGCGAAACAGGCAACUUUGAAGCGGGAGAUUGAGACACAUGUGUUACCGGGUUCCCUCAUCUUCACGGACCGGCACAAGUCGUACCACUUCUUGGGACGCAGACAAAGCCAGUACGUGCACCGAGCUGUCAACCACAAGGCUGGUGAGUUCUCCCGCAUGGAACGCAUAUUUGGUCAGGACAUCAACGUCACGACCAAUGCGGUGGAAGGUUUGUUUGGACGCUUAAAAAAGUACUUGCGCCAACGUGAAUAUCUCCGGAUUGGCAAGCGGGCCUAUGGCGAAGUCCUUGCAGAGUUUCUGUGGCGGCAAAGAUGUUCUGCUUUUCGCGUAGAGCCCUUCUACAACUUGCUGCGCGAGAUUAAAGUUUGGCAAGAUGUGCAUCCCAGGCGGCCGCAAGCGGAUGGGAGUGCAGACAGCAUCAGUUUGAUGUUUCUGGAAGGCUUAUUGCCGUUAGAAUAUGGAGGGGUCCUGUUUUAG